UUUCUGUCACAAGUCUGAGCUAGACACCAAGGCCGCCACAGUUUAGCAGUGUCCUCCCCCACCCUGAGUUACUUUGCUUUGUGAGAGGCCAGGAUGAUAUCCUGGCAGUUAGUGGCCACCCACACUGAGGCACUCAGAGUCAUAUAAGCCGUUUCCUGGUGGGAGAUGGCACAUCCAGGCCUACCGCGUGGUGUGCCUGGGCCUCUGGGAGAAUGAAGGUGGUACUUCUGACUGCUGCUCUUCCUGCUUUGGUCUCUCUGCCCUGGGUCCAGGCAGUGUGGCUGGGAAGGCUGGAUCCUAAGCAGCUCACUGGGCCCUGGUACAUCCUGGCUGUGGCCUCCCGUGCGAAGGACUUCAUGGAGAAGGACAUGAAGAAUGUGGAAGGCGUUCUGGUGACUCUUACUCCAGACAACAAGUUGAGAAUCCAGUCCUCUAGGCAUGGGCCAGAUGGGUGUCAUCAGAGCACUGUGGAGCUGCUGAAGCGAGAUUCCCGAUGGGCGUUUGAGAACCCCUCUCUUGGUGUACUGGAUUAUCGGGUACUGGGCACGAACUUCAAGGACUACGCUGUCAUCUUCACACAGCUGGAAUUUGGGGACGAGGCCUUCAACACAGUGGAGUUGUACAGUCGGACAGAGAUGGCCAGCCGCGAGGCCAUGCAGCUGUUCACCAAGUGGAGCCAGGGUCUGGGCUUCCUGUCCCAUCAGCAGGCCCAGCUGCAGAAGGACUUCACGUGUGCACACAAGAUCCUCCAGUGAGUGCCACACCCCGGAGAAAGCACCACAGCAUCCUGGCAUCCUGGUGGAGGUGGGCAGGCACCGUCUCUGCUCAGUGGCUGGUUGGGUCUCUGCUCUCCUAAGCUCAGGCUUGGGUUGAAAAUAAAGUGAUUUCACA